AUGCAAGUAAAAUUUUUUAAACAAAUAUCUGAUCCAGUAAAUGGCGAAGCACAAAUAUCAGCUGUUUGUUUUUCACCAAAUGGUCAAAAACUAGCCAUAUGUAUUGAUCGCGUUGUACAAUUAUAUGAUGAAACAGGUGAAUUACGUGAUCGUUUUGCAACAAAGCCAAUAGAUUCUAAAUAUGGUCGGCAAUCUUAUGUUGUUACAGCAAUGGAUUUUUCACCUGAAAGCAAUCAAUUAGCCGUAGCACAAUCGGAUAAUAUUGUAUUUGUAUAUAAAUUAGGUGCUGAUUGGAAUGAUAAAAAAUCGAUUGUAGCAAAAUUCGUACAGUCAGCUCAUGUUACAACAUUGAUAUGGUUACCUGAUGGACAAAUAAUAUUUGGUUUAGCUGAUGGAAAAAUACGUUCAGGAAAUGUCAAAAAAAAUAAAUCACAUACAUUAUUUACAGCUGAACAAUAUACUGUAUCAUUAGCGGCAAAUGUCUCACGUAAAGCGAUAUUAUCCGGUCAUGGUGACGGAAGUAUUUGCCGAUAUAUAAUUGAAGAUGAAGGUACAGGUGAUAAAUCAGGUUUAGUUGUACGCCAUUCAUGUCCACCAUGUGCACUCGUUUGGAGUGCAUAUGGAAUACUUGUUGGAGGAUGUGAUCGACGUGUUGUAGUUUAUAAUAAAGAUGGUAAAAUUUUACAACAGUUCGAUUACAGUCGAGAAAUUAAUGAACGAGAAUUUAGUACUGGUAUUUGUAAUCCAACAGGUCAAGAAUGUGUUUUUGGUUCAUAUGAUCAUAUCCGCCUUUAUUCAUAUCAAGCAAGAAAAGGCAUGUUCGAUGAAGCGCCAAGCAAGGAAAUAAAAAAUAUGUAUACAGUGACAGGAAUGGCUUGGCGUUCGGAUGGUGCACGUUUUGCUGUUGCUAAUUUAACAGGUGGUACAUUUUUAUUUAAUUGUUCAUUGAAAAAAUCAAGUACAAAAGGAAAAUAUGCGAUUAAUUUUGUUUCCUUAUCUCAAGUACUUAUUGAAAAUAAAUCGAAUGGAAAACGUGCAGAUUUAGUUUCACGUAGCGGCUUUGAAAUUGUUGAUGUUAAAAUAAUGGGUCGUGAUCGUUAUGCUGUUGGUUAUACAGUUCAUACACUUAUAUUAGUUGAUUUACAAGAUGAAAAACGUCGUUGUGAAGUUCAUUGGCAAUCGGCUGGCGAUGAAAAAUUUUCUUUUGACAAUGAAAAUGUUUGUAUGAUAUUUGCUAAUGGAGAAUUAACAUUAAUUGAAUAUACGCCUAGCGGAAGACAUGGUGAUAAUAUAUUAUGCUCUGUUCGAACGGAAUUUCUUAGUCCAAAUUUAAUUAGCGUACGUGUUGAAGAACGAAAUUUACAAGGAAAUAAGAAAAUGGGCUAUUUACUUGACAGUCGUACAAUCGCAAUAGUUGAUCUUAUGUCAACAAGUGGUGCAGCUGUUAUUGAUCAAGUAAAUCAUGAUGCAAAUAUUAAUUGGUUAGCAUUAAAUGAAACAAGUCGUUAUUUAUUAUUUCGAGAUAAAAAUCUUAAAUUAUAUUUAUAUAAUCUACUGACAAGAGCAAAAACUUGUAUACUUUCAUUUUGUAAUUAUGCACAAUGGAUACCGGACAGUGAUGUUGUUGUUGGUCAAUCUCAAGAUAAUCUAUCUGUUUGGUAUAAUAUUGAACAUCCUGAAUCUUGUGAUACGAAACCAAUCAAAGGUGAUGUUAUUGAAAUCAGUAAAGAUCCAUCGAAAAAUCGAACCUUUGUUAAAUUGAAUGAUAACGGUGUUCAAUCAUCACUUGAACUUGAUUCGAAUAAAAUUGAAUUUAAUACAGCUAUUAAUGAUGAAGAUUUUCGUCGUGCUGUUGCUUACCUAGAUGCUUGUGGUUCGUCCGAUGACACAUCAAAUGCUCUAUGGGAAACAUUAGCACGUUUAGCGUAUGAAAAACAAGAAUAUGUCGUCGCUGAACAAGCUUAUACGGCGACAAGACAAAUGGCCAAGGCACGUUUUCUUCAUUCAAUAAAUCAAUUAGCACGAGAGAAAAAAGGCUCCUACGAUCAUUAUGAAGUUCGAGCUAAAUUAGCUAUAUUCGAACGACAAUUAAAAGCAGCUGAAUCAAUCUAUUUAGAAAAUGGUGACGUCGAUAAAGCUAUUGAUAUGUAUCGUACGAUGCAUCAUUGGGAUGAAGCUAUAUCGGUUGCCGAUCGUAAACGACAUCCACAAGCUGAUGAACUUCGUUCAACAUAUUAUAAAUGGUUGAUUGAUACAAAACAAAUUGCUCGAGCUGCUGAUUGGAAAUUAAAACAGCAUGAAGACGAAGAAGCUAUUUCAUUAUAUAUGCAAGCAAAUCUACCAUCAAAAUCAGCACAAAUUCUCAUGCAAAAUGCACAAUUAAUGCGCGAUAGUGAUCUUGUUACACGUAUAGCCGUUAGUUUAGUUAAAGCAAAUAUGUUUGAAUUAGCCGGAGAUCUUUAUGAGCAUGUUAAAGAAUUUCCGAAAGCAUUAAGUUGUUAUGAAGCUGGAAAGUGUUUUAUUAAAGCUGUUAAAUUAGCACGUAAGACAAAUCCAAAAGAAGUUGUUGCACUUGAAAGCAAAUGGGGUGAUUACAUGGCUGAACAAAUGCAGUAUCUUGAAGCAGUAACGCAUUUUAUUGAAGCAGGUGAGAACAUGAAAGCUGUACAAGCAGCUAUACUUGGUCGUCAAUGGUCACGUGCAUUGGAAAUUCUUGAACAACAAAGAGACGAGAAUGAUCCAGAUAUUGCUACACAUUAUAAACAACUUGGUAAAUAUUUUAUAUUCGCUGCCGAGAUUCGUGUUGACGUAUUUCGUGGAAAAACUACUCAUUUUGCACACAUUCAAGAAUUUGAGAAAGCUGAACGAUGCUAUUUGAAAGCUCAAGCUCCAGGUGAAUGUGUUGAAAUGUAUAACCGUGCUGCUAAAUGGGAACACGCAUUCCGUCUUGCCAAACAGUACAUGAAUAAAGAUGAGGUCACUAGACUAUAUUCAAAUCAAGCUAAAGAACUUGAAGCUAAAGGACGUUAUAAAGAAGCUGAAAAAUUAUACAUAACUAUUAAUGAUAAUGCAGCAGCUAUUCUUAUGUAUAAACGUAUGAAGAAUUAUGAUGCAUUGAUACGUCUCGUUCGUCAAUACUAUCCAGAUAAAAUGAAAGAUACUGAAAUAACAAUUGCUAAAGAACUUGAACAAGAUAAACGAUAUAAAGAAGCUGAAAUGCAUUAUAUUCAAGCUGGUGAUUGGAAAUCGGCUGCAAAUAUGUAUCGUUUAUUAGAUAGCUGGGAUGAUGCAUAUCGUAUUGCACGACAACAUGGAGGUCCAGUACCAGCUCAACAAGUAGCAUUCUUCUGGGCUAAAAAAUUGGGUGGCGAUGCAGGUGUCAAACUUUUGAAUAAAUUAGGUCAUGCAGAACAAGCCCUUGAGUUAGCUUGUGAACAACAUGCAUAUGAAUUUGCAUUUGAUAUAGCUCGACUUCUUCUCAAAGAUAAACUUCCUGAAGUUCAUUAUAAAUAUGCGCUUCAUCUAGAAGAUGAACGUCGUUAUCUUGAAGCCGAAGCUGAAUUUCUUAAAGCUAAAAAACCAAGAGAUGCUGUACUUAUGUAUGUACAAAUUAAAGAUUGGGAUCGAGCUCAAAGAAUCGCUCAAGCAAAUGAUAAGGCUCUAUUAAAUGAUGUACUUAUCGGUCAAGCCAAACAAUCAUUUGAUAAUAAUGAUUUCCCCAAAGCUGAAAGCUAUCUUCUACAAGCACAACGACCUGAUCUUGCUGUUAAAUUAUAUAAAGACAAUGGCUUAAUGCAAGAUGCCCUGCGUGUAUGUCAAGAAUAUAUGCCAAAUAAACUUGAUGAUUUACGUGAAGAAUUAGCUCGUAGUGGUGGAAUGAAUGAGACUAGAACGAAUACAGCUGCAGGCAAUCGACCAACAACAUCAUAUAACAACGAUAAUAUUCUCGAACAAGCUGCUCGUUAUGAAACUCAAGGUGAAUAUCAACGUGCAGUUGAACUAUAUUUACGUUUAAUGCCUCAACAAGAUAUACCAAAAGAAACACUUGUUAAAGCUUACCUCAAAGCAAGUGAUAUAGCAAGAAAAUUUCUACCGGAAAAUAAAGCUCAACAUGUUAUACGAACUAUUGGUCCACGUCUUGUUCAACUUGGACAGCCAAAUCAAGCUGCCGAACAAUAUCUACACGUUGAAUUACAUAAAGAAGCCGUCGAAGCAUUUAUCGCCGGUAAACAAUGGGAAAAAGCUAAGAAAUUAGCAUUAGAAGUCGAUCCGCAAUUAGCUAAAUAUGUUGAUGAUCUCUAUAAGAAGCAUUUGAAGGAACGCGGAAAUGCUAAAGAAUUAAUGAAUGUUGAUGUCACAGGCGCAUUAGAUUUGUUUGUUGAAAAAAAUCAAUGGGAAGAAUGUUUUGUUGAAGCACAAAAGCAUGGGCCAUUAGUUUUACAUAGUUAUUUAGCUAAAUAUGCUACACAAAUGAUUCAAUCGAAUCGUGCUGAAUUAGCAGCAAGUGUCUAUAAACAAUAUGGAGCUAUUGCUAUACCACAAAAUUUAAGAAUCUAUAAAGCCUUAUUCUAUCGUAUGUUAAGAAUUGAUUCAUUGAAACAUGAAAAUUAUCCGAAAUGGGCAGAUGUACGUGAUGUUCUACACGACGUUUUUGAAAAUAUGAGUUCAUCAGCAUCGGGAUCAGCAGGUGGUAUACAAAAAGAAAUCGAAGAGCAAAGGCCAACAUUUGAAAUUCUUCUUUGGGUUGCUCAUAUGAAUGCGAUGCGUUCUGCAUGUUCCGAACAUGAACAACUUGAUGUAAUAACAGCGAAACUUUCAAUAUCGCUUCUUCGCCAUUCGGAUAUUUUACCAGUCGAUCGUGCAUUUUAUGAAGCUGGUAUCAUGUGUCGGAAAGUCGGUUGGAAUGAAAUGUCAAUGUUAUUUCUUAAUCGUUAUUUGGAUGUUGUCGAUGCAAUCGAAGAACAUAAUCCUGACAUGUUAGCAACAUCAGAUUUCGUUGAAACAGAUAUACCGUAUGAAAUUGAAUUGCCUGAUCAACCAUCUUUACCAGCUGAACAUCAUGAGAAAAUAAAAGAACAUGUUUUAGCACUUUCAAUGAAACAAGCAGUAAAACCAACGCUACGCCGAGAUGCUCGUAAUUGUAUUGAAUUCUCAUUAGUUAAUCCUGAAACUAAUGAUCGUUCAUCACCUUGUCUUAUUACGGGCUAUCCUGUACUUGAAGAUGCUGUUGUUUUUGAUCGAUAUAAUUUAAUGGCAAAUAAAGAAGAUUGGAAUAAAUUCGUCUUAUCAGCGAAAUCCAUUCGUCGUGAAGCAUUGCAGGAUUGUUUGAAAUUUCUUGCUAAAUGGACAGGAUCGCAACCUAAUGUCAGUUUGUAG